AUGAGCGAUUGUACCCACGGCUUAGGAAACACAACAGAAUGCCCAAAGUGCAAGAAGCAGAUUUGUGUCAAGUGUUUCUGUGACUCAGUGAAAGCAAAUGGGCAGUGUCCAAUAUGCAAAGAAGAAGUAGCUACAUCCCUUCUCUUAGAGCUUACUGGCAAGUCUGAAAAUGGGGUUUCACUCAAACAACUAGCUCCUCCAUUUAAAGCUAAAAAACGCAAUUCGAUGGUUGUCACCGACAAUUUGAAGGUUACAGAACAGUCAGAACUGUCACGACGGCGGUCUGUAUAUUCUGAUUUUAGUGGGUUGGAGAUGAUACUUGAAAGCAGUUAUACACCCGAUGCCUCACACGACUUAUUUGAAAAACCGGACUCUUCCGACUUUGUUACGUUCACAUCAGAGAAGGGGUGGGAUACAAAAAUAAUCCAGACGGCGACGUACGAGAAGAUGAUAGAGAUCAUCACACGACAAGACUUUGAAGACUCUUAUUUUGCAGAAUGUCUUAUUUUUGGGUAUUCUACUUUUACAACAAAAGAGAGUCUAAUGGAUAUUCUAACAAAAAGAAUGAGCCCACAAAAGCCCGAAAAGAUGGAUUGGGAGGUCUUUGUUAAGACCGUGUUAGUUCCUAUUCGAACAAAAAUUGUGAAUUUCAUCCGGACGUGGGCGAAGUGGAGAUGUGCGGAUUUUAUGAAUGAGAACAUGAGCAACAAAGUCGACAACAUUAUUCAAAUUCAUUCAGAGAUUAAGCCUCAAACGGCUCAAUUUAUGUCCGACUAUAUGAAGAAGCUGAGAGUGAAUUACACGAAGCCGAUUGAACAAUUAGAUGAAGGUGUCGACGUGAGGAAAAACAGUGAAUUCGAUGUGUUAAGUGCCAUCUUUGCAUUUUGGUACAAAGAUGUUGCUCAACAGAUCAUGUUAAUGCAAUACGACUUAUUCAGAAGAAUUCCAGUAGAGGAGUUACUGUCACAGGGAUGGAUGAAAAAGGAGAACAAAGUCAUCACUCCAAAUAUAGUUAAGAUGAUGCAAAUGACCAACUCUCUCUCAUAUAAAGUGCAGACUACUAUUCUCUCUCUAUCCAAGUUAAAACACAGGAUAUUUGCAGUUGAGUACUUUAUUAAAGUGGCUCAAGAGAUGAAAGAGAUACACAACUUCGAUGGGUUCAAAUCUAUUUUGGCUGCUCUCAACGCGUCUCCUAUUUUUAGACUGAAAGACACUUUCGACGGACUGAGCGACGAGUUCAAAAGGACUUUAAGUGAAUUUAAUGACUUGGUCGACUACGACUCAAACUUCAAAAAGCUCCGUGAGAUGACCAAUGUGUGUAAACCGCCAUGUGUGCCCUUUCUCGGGUCAACUCUUGGUGAUUUAGUCUUUACCAAAGAAAAUGAAAAGAGUGAAAAUGGGCAGUUAAAGCUUGUGAACUUUUUUAGAGUGAGAAUGUAUGGGUUGAUGCUCAAAGAAAUCGUGAUGAAGCAGAACUCCCCGCCUUCAUUUUAUGUUGCCCGAGACCUCGAGAAUGUUAUUCAAAGAAUGCGUGUUAACGAGAACGAAGAUACCCUCUUUGACAUCUCCAAAACACUUGAAGAAACCCGGAGUGGGGAGUUAUCGAAAGAGAACAAGAAGGCAAUUUCUAAAGGGAAAGAAGGUGCAGAAAAGAUGUGGAAGAAGUACAAUGCGUUUUGGAAGAAGAACACAAAGAUCACGGUGAUAGGGACAAAGUGA